GCCCAGGUGUGGCGGUGCCGGAGCGCGGGGGCCGCCGCCCCGGGCCCCGCCGCCACCGCCCGGCCCUCCCCUCGCCGCGGCUCACCCACGCCCCGAGCGGCCGGCUGGGCGCGGUGCCGGCCCGCGGGAGAAGCCCCGGGGCAGGGUGUGGCGCCCUCGGGGCCCUUGGUGCCUGGCUUUGUCACUUUGUCCUCCCUCAAGGACUCGCUGACUCUUCCUGCAGGUCUCGGUUCGUUCCUCCCUUCAAAGCGUGCGCUUCGCCUGCCUCUACAGUAACCGAGCGGAGCCGGUGCCACGCCGUCGUGAAAAACCCAAACCUGUCCUGGCAGCCGUGUCCUGGGUGUGCUUUUAAAACAGCAUCUGUUUGCGACCUGAGACUGCCUGUUCCCAGUGAAGGAAGCGGGCUGAUAAAGCUUAUCGCCUUGGCCCGAGCUCUUUCAUCUCUCCUGCAUUAGUCUGAGCCCUGGUGCCACGGGAGAAGGCUGCAGAGAUAGCACAAGGGCCAGGCCCUUUCUGGGUAGGAUGCUGCUGGCCUGACCUGCCUGCAGCUCACAGCUCGGGGCUCCCCAGCUGAUACAGACACACACGAUGAAUGCAUAAACCCAAACCCACCCACGGGAAAACCUAAGGUGGAAUUUUCUUUUUAUCCCCUUUCCAGCUGCGAAAGAUGGGGAUGCAUCACCAUCACCAUGAGGGCUUCUCCUCCAGUUUGGCUCUGCAGUCGUUGCCGCACAGGGGAGGCCGCGGGGGUUUCCAGUUGCUGUUCCCUGCUCAGAGCCGCAGCAUCGUCCAUUGACUGCCAAAUGUUUCCACACCACACAUCAGCUUUCAAAAAAUUCAGCAGAGCUGUUUCAGUCUGUCCUUUGAGAUUGGAGAAAAAAGCACAUUCAAGCAUCUUUUUGGAUGUCCCAAAAUCUUCCUGCAAUAUUCAUGAAGAAAAAGGAUGUGGCUAAAUUAAACCACUGAAAACCAGAAGUUGCUCUCUGGAGCAAAUCUUUCAAAAAGACACGGGCUGCAAAAGAGAAGUGGGGAAAUUUUCGGAAGAAAAUUCAAGCUCCUGGGUGCUUUGAAAAUGUGUCCAGGAACAUUAUCCAUGUGGAAAUCUAGUCCCACAGUCCAGCAGAAAUGACAGGACAUCCCCUUUUUUCUACUGCUUAUCUUCUGAAAUCAAAUACACAAACUCAAACACCAAUUACAUGUAGAGCACACUGUAUAAAACAAAUUAAACACUCAACAGCCACCUGAAAAAUGCACGCUGUACCUCAAAAAGCACAGAUUAUCAUGGGCUUAUUACCAAGCCCUGUGCAGGGAUCAGCCUUGUUCUGUUUGCACACUGCAUUAAACUCAUUUAGUCUGCAGUCCCAGAGCUGCCACUGGUGAUUCAUUUCCUCCAGCAUCUCUGGCUGCUUUCCCAAGCACAGAGCUCCCGGCACAGACCCUUGACACUGCUCCUACCCCUGUCCCCAGCUACGUAGCUGCCUGCGUUAAACACCAAUAUUUUCUCCUUAUGGCAACCUGGAGGGAGAGCUCAGCAAGCAUUUUGCAAUAUACUUGUAGCAGUGUUUCCAGAAGGAAUGCAUUCCUGCUGUCUCACUGCUCAGGAUUCACCAGCAACUCCUCUGGUGCUGUUUGGCCUCAAGGGACAAAUUUUGCCUCAUCCCAUGCUGCCUGAUGCCAGAUUCCCUCCAGACCAUGGGACUGCUUUUGCAAGCAGCUUUUGCCAGUCAGGGCUGGAAAUAUGAAAAGGAUGCAGAUGUCCCUCUUUUCCUUCAAGAUACAGCUCCUCAGCAGUGUUGCAGGACAUCCUGGCAUAUGCAGAUCCAAAUCAUUUGCAGUGCCCGAUCUAUGUGCAGCAGUCCUGGGUAUGAUCCAUGACACACCUCCACCUAGUUAGCUGGCCUGAACAGGAAAGUCCAUCUGGGAAUGACAUAACCUCUGGACUAGGACAGAAACACCAGAGGAGUCCCUCAAGAGCAACUGGAGAGCUGAGCAAACCAACCCAGGCACAGAGGUUGCCUCACCCACACUACAAGGUGCUGGCCACCAGCUCUGCAGGGAACAUUUCCCCAGGUGUAAAGUGCUCAUGUGGCUCGAUGCAAGAGUCAGGUACUCUCCAUUGCUAAAUUUCCUUCCAGCAGAGACCUUCUGGGCUGCAGAGGUACACCGCUGCCCCCAGCACACACAUGAAGUAAGAUACUAGAUACUCCUUCACUGCAUGGUCCCUGCCAAGGGCUCAGCAGAUCACACUUCCCAGCCCUCUGAUCCAGCCCUCAGAGCAAACAGCAUACAAAGGAGAGGCCACACGUCUCUUUUAAUAGAAGCUCAGGGAAAGCAGGAUUAUGGUGUUUGUCUUCCCAAGCUACCAUUACAUGAGCUGAGGCUCUCCUUCUCAGGGUGUAGUUGGACAUCUGCCUGCUGAUGGGAAGCAGGGAAUUAAUUCCUCUUUUUGCUUUGGUCGCAUACACAGCUUUUUCUUUUUUUUUUAUUAAACUGUCUUUGACCCUUGAGGUGUUUUUUUAACCUUAUUUUCUCCCCCUGACCAACUGGGGGGGGGGGGGGGGGUGAGAAAGCAUCCAGGUGGAUGUCUGGGAAGCAGCCAAGAUCAACCCACCAGUCCUUUUUCUUGGGCACGAGAUAAAGCCAGUUUUGAUCUGGGUGUACUGUAGGUGCCGUGGCUGAUAAUUGGCAGGCUUCUGCAUGGCUCACAGGGCUCGCUUGAUUUACAGUGUAACAGAGCCUCGGGCUCGGCGGUGGCUGCUUUCAGCUUGUCCUGCUGCAGUGCUUAUCUCAGUGUUUUGCUGUGCCUGGAAGCAUUCUGAUAAAAGCAGCAGCCCUGCCUUGGCCCUGGCACAGGCACUGCUCCUGUGCCAGGAGGGCUGUCCUGUGGAGAGCUGAGGGAUCGCACCUCUCUCUUCCCCUCCAGGACUGAUGUGUCUGCCUUCCUCUCCAGAGGUCCUCACCACAUCCUUAUCUAAGCUGCUUGACUAAUGCCAUCUUCUUGUCAUUUGCAUAGAAACUACUUUUGGUCUAGUGUUAUGGGGAACCAGUUUGCCAGUGAGGUGACAAGGCUUUAGGCCACUGGUCCCUGGGUGCCUGAGUGGCAUGUGGGAGGACUUGGUGGCUGCCUGGCGGGGUUAUCACCUCGCAUGGCCUGUGAUCUUGCACCUCUACAGACAAGAUGAAGGGUGCUUUGCCUGCUCCAGUGAAACCCAGCAGCUCUUUGUACUACAUUGGGACUUUACUUGUGCUUCUUGAGCCUCCCUUCAGCACCAUCUGGGGAACGUGGUCGAGACAGGGUUCUAAACCACAUGUGGCAACACCAUGGAUAAGACAGGGACCCAAGCUCCAACCACAGUAAUUACCUUAGCAGUCAAAACUAAUCACUGGAUGCAGAGGUCAACAGGUCCAUACCAGCAAUUAGAACAGGAGCAGAAGGAGGAAGGAUCUGAUCAGGCAGCUGGUCCUUCAGCAAGGCAAAAAGAGGAGGAAGUGAGAGAAAUGACCAGCCCCAAAACUUGGGCAGAUGUCAAAAUAUGCUGAAACAUUAAAGCUACCAGUCUGGCAAGCAGAUUGCUGCCACUACCACUGAAGAGGGCAUCCAAUAUGUGAGACUGCUAGCAAUGCCAGAAAGUCUUGUACAGUGACCUGGAUGACAACCACAUCUCCAAAGUUGCUGAUGGCCACUGUACAUGAGCAAGUGCAGAAGGGUUGUCUGAAAUUCACCAGCAUUAUAUUCCAUCUGCCUGGAGACAAUGGACUGACCAAGCUGGAAUGUAUGAGCUGUGGAGAGAGCAUCCCACUGACUCUGACUUUUGCAGAAAACCUAUCUCUCUCCCCGUCCCCACAGGUCAGGGCCUUGGCCAUCAGGGGCACUCAGACACACUGUGUGCCACUCCGGUUCCUCCUGAGCGACCUCACCAGGAAGUGGGAUGGUGACCCUCCUCUGAGUUAGGAGCCCAUGUACACAAACUGACUGGGAAGAGACAUGAUAAGGAGGGCUAUCCACGACUUCUAUCAGUUCAGCUGCUGUUGAGAUGGUGGAAGGCAACCAGCAGCCUCCCUGUAUAGAAGAGGAUUAAGAGUGCCUCUCUUGAUUUUGGUGGAGGGACUUUUGGUCUGACGUUGCAAGGGUCUCCAGCCUAGAAUAGAGGGUCACUGCCUUUGAUCAGGAGAAGGAGAGGGGUGACCAGCUUUACUGGGCUGUGUUGAUUUGAUGGCCUGGCACACUGGAUCCAUGGAAGUCUAAAGUAUUGCUAGACACUGGUGCACAGCAUACCCUAAUGCCAUUAUGGCACGUCAGAGAAGAACCCAUCUGGAUUUCUCGAUUGACAGGGAGAUCCCAAAAGCUGUACUGGGGGCUGAGGUGAGCUUAACAGGAGACAAAUGGCAAAAGUACACUGUUGUGACCAGCUCAGAAGCCCUGUGUAUCCUUGGCAUAGACUGUCUCAGGAGAGGGUACUUCAAGGACCCAAAAAGGCAGUGAUGGGCUUUGGAUGCAGUUGCCAUCGAUUCAGAAAAGUUGAAACAUCUUCUUGCCUUGCCCAGCCUCCUGGAGGAUCCCUGUGUUGUGGGAUUGCUGCACGUCAAAGGACAGCAGGCAGCCAUGAUGGUGCACCCUUGGCAAUACACAUCACCCAAGGCUCCCUGGUUGCCAUCCAUGAUUCACCAGCUUGAGAGCCAAGGAGCGAUCAGGAAGACUCACAAGGCUGCCAGAGGAUGUCACAGAGCGGACCCAGCAGCUUGAAAUGAAGUUUUGUUAAUAUUUGGUACAAGUGAUGUUCUCAGUAAUAAAGCUGAAAAAAUACAAGAGGAAAAAACCCAAACAAACCAAGAAGCCCUCCAGGAGUCCCUGAAUCACACAGAGCCAGGAAAGGGAGGAAAAUGCUGGCAGAACUACAUGGCUGAUUGGCAGCAGCUGGCUGUACAUAAGCAGAGGCAGAGCUGCUGUCAUUCGAAGCAGCUUAAUGCAGGGAUCUGUAUCUACCUGUCCUUUCAAGGGGUCUGAAUGGUUUUGAAAGGUGCUGUAUUUUGCUGUUUUGUUUGGGUUUUUUUUUUCCCUAAGGAGUGCCUUGUGGGCAGUCAGGGACAUGAUAAUUCAUCCCUCCCCCUCCUCAAGAACAAACUGGAGCUCUUAUUAACCAGCCCAGAUUUGACAGGACAUUUGUCCUACUCAUGGGAAAGAGCAGUUCCUACGCUUUUUUUCCUAGUGAAAAUACCACAAUCCAGACUGCAAGAGCAAGUGUCCCAUCUGGAGACAAUUCAUCAUUACUUGAAACAAAUCCUGCAAAUUUAGCUGCCAAGCAGCACAACUCAGUGAGAACAGGUCACUUGUAAAAUAUGAUGGUUAAGUACAAGCAAGUCUGUAGAAGAAAUAAUUCACUUUGAAGUGAUAAAGCUUUCCAGCACUUGGGUCUCUUAGAUUUCAAUAAGAAGAUGGAGAACAUUGGGUAGUAGAAAGCCAAUCUCAGUUUCUUAAGAGCUUUGUGCCAUUCUUACCAGAAUUAAACCCUUUAAAAAGGUGUUUCCCCAAACCUGUGCCCAGGACAAUGAGAAUGUCCUAAGACAUAAGUGGACACUUGUAUGGAUGAUGAGAGCAUUGCAGAGUCUUUACAUCCAAGCCAGUGGUGACACAGAUCCCUUCUCCUCAUGCCAUUUGGUCCCAUCCCUCAUUCCUUCAUUCCUGGUGGACGCAAAUUUCGAGUGCAAGUUGCCCAGCCCUGGUGUUCUCUAUGUCUGACACCCUGCGGUGUUACAUUCAUACCUGCCACGUUCAGCCUCAGUAAGAAUCCUGUUAGGGACGGCUUGGCUGUGAAAGGUUGGCCGUGAAGAGCCCGUGAAGGGUUUUCUCUUUGUAAGUCACUUUUCACUUCAUUUCUCCCUGCGCCUAUUGAUUUUUGCCUCCCCUUUUCUGGCAAGCGCUGCCCGGGGCCCGCUCGGCAUCCCGGCGGACCCCCGGGGUUUGCUGCGGGAGGGAGCGGCUCCUCCCUCGGCGGGGAGGGCCGGGGGCGGCCGGCGCCGGGGUCUCCGCUCACUCGCUCGGGCUGCGCGCCUGAGGUGGACUCGGAGCCGGAGCCGGCGCUGCUCCGGCCGCCUCCCGGCGCGAUGCCGGGGCCGCGGGCAGGCGGCGGCAGCGGGGUCCCCGCGCCCGAGGCGCCCCUCAAGACUGUUCCUUCCCGACGGUGUUCAGCACCAUCACUCUUAUUCAGCAAAGGUUUGAGCAAGCCAUGGCUACCGUCAGCCAGUUCACGGGAGGUGAAGGAGCUCUGGCUGGAUUCACUUCUUGGGCAAACAAAAGGACUGAAGGAAACCAGACUGUCCAGAGCUCCUCCAAUCAAACUCCUAAUGAAAGUGUUAAGCAGCUGUAAUACUUCAAAGACACUAAAUGCUGGGAACAUGGAGGGUCUGAUUGAGUGCCAGACAGAGGCUGAUGCCAAGAAAUGUCCCCUGUCAGCCCUAGCCGAUACUGAAGACAGACUUUGCCUCUCCAACGCAGAUGGAACAAAGAAAAGAAAGAAGGUGAUAUCACAGUCAUUUACUCUGAGACAAAGCCUUACCAAAAGAAAUUCCUCAGGACAGCUAGACUUGGGUGCCAAAGUCACUCUGUUUGGCCAUCCUCUGGCAGUUAUAUGUGGGGAAGAUGACACACUGCCCCAGCCAGUUCAGGAUCUCCUAGCCAUAUUGUAUAUGAAAGGACCUUUUACUGAAGGGAUAUUCAGGAAAACUGCCAGUGAGAAAGCACGAAAGGAGUUGAAGGAGGACCUAAACAAAGGCGGGAAUGUUGAUCUGAAAAGCAAAUCUGUGCACCUGCUGGCAGUGGUUUUGAAGGACUUUCUUCGAAAUAUUCCCUCCAAACUCCUAUCAGCUGACCUCUAUGAGAAAUGGAUGGAAGCUCUAGAGAAGCCAAGCAAGCAAGAAAAAAUUGAAGAAUUGAAAGAGGUGGCUGACAAGCUGCCGAGACCAAACCUCGUCUUGCUCAAGCUCUUGCUCUCUCUGCUCCACCACAUCAGCCAAAAUGCCGAGACCAACAGGAUGGACUCCAGCAACCUGGCCAUCUGCAUUGGCCCAAAUAUGCUGAGCCCAGGGACGGACAGCGCGCUCCCGCUGGAAGUGCAGAAGGAGAUGAAUGACAAGGUGACAGUGUUGGUGGAGUUCCUCAUAAACAACUGCUUGGAAAUAUUUGAGGGGGACAUUGCCUUCCCUGCCUGUGCCUUGGCUGAGGAGUCACCAGAGCACACAGACAGCUCCACAGAACAACUCUGUGCCGCGCAUCAGAAUGACUCUGCCUAUGACAGCCCAGAUCCUGAAGCAGAAGGCAGCCCCUGUACCCCUGAAAUGGAGCAGGCCAAAGGGAGGAGUGCUAUUGUGAGCAGAAAAUGUCCAACAAAUACCUCUGCCCCUUCCCUGACUAAUUUCAGAAAUGACAUCAGCACAAUGGACAGGAGGUACUCAGAGUCAGACCUGUCCUUCCAGAACUGCCUUGAUGACACAAUAAGGAAACAAAGGCUAAACAAAAGUGAAGACAAUUUUCCAGUUCAGCAGAAACUGCUAUGGAUGGAGGCACUGGAGGAACGUCUUGCAGGCUUACCUUCACAAUUAUCAACUGACUCUCUACCCAAAACAUCCUCCAGUUGCUCCCUGGAGAGCUCUGAUGGCUCAGUUUUCACCAGCUCCCCUGUAGUUUCACCCUCUAGUCCCAAAAAAACCUUUUUAAAUAGGCCUCAAUCCUUUUCCACCAAGGCCACUGAAGACGGCAGUACACCUAGCAGAGAGAUCAAAAAACAUUCCAUGUCAUUCUCUUUUGCAAACCGCAGAAAAACACUAAUAAAAACCCAGAGCUGGGGGCCUGGAAAACCCAUGUUUUUUCAGAGGGACAGUUACACAAAGAAAGAAGAUCAAUUCUCCUGUAGAAUUGUCCAGGAGGGCAGCUGUAAUGAUGACAAAGAAUUGCCUGUGGAGUAUCAGCAAAGGCCCCGUCUCAGGUCAGUUGAUGAAGUGUUCAGAGAGGUAGACCAGAAAAACCCUAGAAGACCACCCUCUUAUGAAGAAGCUGUUAAAAACUGCCUGGCCACUAAAGCUCCCUCCCAAAAUCUCACAGUUCAGACUCUGAGAUUAGCUACGUCAAACCAGGAUGUUUUGCUGCCUUAUCCAUGCAGCCACAGUGCACAGGACACAGCAUAUAUGGAUCUGAGGCAUCUACGCAGUGCCAGAGUUUCUGCAACAAAGGAUUCUGACAUGGAAACUGAAACUUUCAGCAUCACUGUAGGAGUAAACUCCCGUGUGAAUUUACCCGUGACCCCAGGAGUCUACCGGAUGAGAGCCAUGUCUGAGUCCUGUCAAAAGAACAAACUCGAAUAUGUGGCUCGGAGGUGCAGCCAGCCAGUUUUUGAGGUAGAGCAGAUCCAGUAUGCUAAGGAGUCCUACGUUUAAAAAGCCUGGCCUUCCUCUUUGCACUGUACAAAGUAAACAUUGUAAAAAUAGACAUCUUGCUAAUCAUUUGUAGGAUUUUACUUUCAACAGACAAAGAAUAAGCUAGCUCUGCAUGAACUUUUUUUUAUGAAGUGUCAGUCAGCUUGACAUGUCACAUCCUUUCACCACAAGAGUUGUUGUUGGUGAAGACCUGUGUAUCAUUAUGUAAAAAUGUAAGUUAGUAUGCUGUACAUAACGUGUUGUGUGGGACGAGUUGUUAGCAGAUGAUAAACAGUGUUGUAUUUGUUUUCCUCAAAUGACAAUUUCAAGGUUGGCAGGUCCAAAACCUGUCUCACCUUCUUUUUGUUUUCUGUAUGGUCACAGACCCUGUACCAUUUUUCAUGUGUUUAUGUGUGCCAGGCUGAUGCAGUGCUUUGCUGAUUUUGUGCAUUAAAUGUGGGCUGGCAGUUACCUUAAUGGGGGAAGAGCUAUUCUGUCAUCUAGGUCACUUCAGCACUCUUCCAUAAAGCCCCUGUACCUGCUGCCAUUCCAUCUUCCUGCUUGCUGGUGAUAAGAAUGAUCUGACCACUAAGCAGCAUAGUGUUAUACGCUGAGCCUGGGGUUAGAGCCCUAUGAGGUCAUUAUGGGAAAGUAUGAAGUAACCCUCAUGUGUCCUGAGGUGCUUUUAGACUAAAUAAACUGGACAGGCAAAGAAAGGAAAAGCAAGAAAGGAAAAGCAAGAAAGAAAGCAUGAAAGAAAAAAGAAAAAACCCUCAAAAACUCCUACAAGGAAAUAUUCUGGAUUCCAGCUUUAAAUAGUUAUAGUUAAUUGGAAAAAAAAAAGACAAAAAAGAAAAUACUAGGUGGUGUCCUUAUAAACUUGUAAAAAUGACUGGAAGUGCAAUGUGCUUUUAUGGGUCAGCAUCAACCAGAAGCAGGGAGACAUUUUUCUCCUGUGUAACUUCACUACAAUAAAACAUUUUUCUGCAUGAAUG